AUGAUAAAAAAAGUGCGAAAGAAAGAUCAAGAUGUUUUUGAGUGUAUUGAAAUGAACCAAAUAAAUAAAGUAGCUGAUAAAGUAAUAGAAAAUAAUUCAGAAAACGAUAAUAUAAAUGUACAUAAUUUAAAGCAUUACUCAUCAAGAGAUAUAAAUAAAAAUACAUUUAUUGAUGAUGAAAAAAAUAUAUGUAAUAAAAUAUAUGAAACGAUGAAUAACAAAAAUAAUGAAAAUUUUAAAAAUCGUGAUGUUAAUUGGUUUGAAGAUGAAGAUAAGUUUAAUUCUAUUAAUAGUGAGGAUGAUUUUCAUCAUAUAAUAAUAGGAAUGGAAAAAAAUGAAAAAAACGAAAAAAAUGAAAAAAAUGAAAAAAACGACUCAAACCAGACAAUUACUCCUUUUGGCGAAUACAUUGACUAUAUAGAUUAUAACGAAGAGUGCCAUAAAAAAAUUGUAAACAAUUUUAGUGACCACAAUGUGAACUUAAUAAAUAAUACUCAAAUUGGUGCUACUCACGAGAAUGACGAAAAAAAUGGCGAGGAAAAUGGCGAGCAAAAUGUCGAAAAAAAUGGCGAGCAAAAUGAGGAAGAAGCAUAUGCAAGUUGUGGCAAAAGUGAGCAAAGCAAUCUUGCUAUUUAUAAUGAUGAUAAUAAAUUUUACAAAAUAAAUAGUGAUCAAAAUAUAAUAGAUUCAAACGAUAUAAACUUCCAAAAUGUUUUUAAAAAAAGUAAAACUCUUGAUAUUUAUCAAUUUAAGAAAAAAGGUGAGGGAGAAAAUAUUUUAACCCAAACCUCUACUUCCGAUUCCAAAGAUACUAAAAAUGUAACGAUUCCAUUUUAUAAUAAAAAAAAAGAAAAUGGAAAAAAUUAUGAUCAAAAUGGCAAUGAUCCGAAAAUUGCCAAGCAUCUUAUCCGUAUGAACGAUCAAAAUAGCGCACCACAAAAUAGCGCACCACAAAAUAGCGCACCACAAAAUAGCGCACCACAAAAUAACACACCACAAAAUAACACACCACAAAAUAACAAUACGAUGCAAAAUAAAAAUUAUAAUAAAAAACAAAAUGGUUCUCAAAAUUUGGAUUAUAUAAACCCUGAAAGUUUAACUCCAAAUGAUGAGACAACAAAUUAUAUGGACGAAGUUAUUAAAAAAAUGACAGAAAUUGUUGAUAAAAAAAAAACGAGCUCAGAAAAUGAGGCGGAAAAUGGGCCGGAAAAUGAGGCAGAAAAUGGGCCGGAAAAUGAGGCGGAAAAUAACGUGGCAUAUGACGUACCAUAUGACGUACCAUAUGACGUGCCAUAUGACGUGCCAAACAAAUUGCAAGUUUUAGAUAAACAUAAAAUAAAAAGAAAUGAGUUAAAACAUUCUCUAAAAAAAUAUCAUUCUAAUAAUGUUGUGCCACGAAGGCAAUCAUCUAAUAGUAUAUACACUUUUGAAAAUUUGUCAAAUAAAAAAUUUCAUAGUACUAAUAAUAUAGAAGAUAUUAGUGAUUCUAUGUUUGACUAUUCUCCUGAAAUAUUCGAAAAAAAAAAAAAAGGAGAAAUGGAAAAUGUAAAAAACUUAGUUGAUGAUAAUAUAAAAAAUGAAAUAAUUUCAGAAAAUGUUAAAUUUGAAAAAAAUUUUAAAAAUUUGAUAACUGAUGAACAUUUUUCUUUAACUCCUACUAAUAGUAAAGAAGAAAAUGAUAUGAAUUUAUAUGAAAGCAUUUCAGAUAUGUCUAUCAUAAAUGAAUCAAAAAUAAAAAUUAAUAAUCGAAAUGAAUUUUUAAAAAACAAUCCUAUGCGAAGUUUUAUAAAUCAAACAAGAGAGUCCUUUGGAAUCAAAAAAGGGAAUAAUGAUAAUAACAGCCAAGUGGUAGAAUUAAUAGAACAUGAUAAAACAAAACAAAAUAAUCAUAAUAAUGAUGAUGAUGACAAAAUUAAAAAUAAAAUAGAACCUUCUCAUGCUAUUGAAGCUAAUAACCAUGUAGAAAAGGUUCACAAAACCGGAGUUAUUGAUUUGUAUGAAAAUAAUUUUAAAACAAUAUCACAAAGACCACUAAAUAUUGAUCAAAUUGGAAAUGAAAGUAAAAAUGGGAAUGAAAAUUGGAAUGAAAAUGGGAAUGGAAGUAAAAAUGGAAGUAAAAAUUGGAAUGAAAAUGGGAAUGGAAGUAAAAAUGAGUCAAUUGGGCCGGUUAACCGAUUCGCCAGCAAAGGUGGAAAUAUAAUAAGAAAUUUAUUAAGAGUUGGAAAUGAACCAAAUAAAAAUGUGAUUUUAAGUAUCCACAAUAAAAGUAGUAUUGAAAAAAAAUUCAUGACAAAUUCAACAGAUAUAAAUAUUCUUCAAACUGAUAAUAAUACGAGUAAUACAUCUAUUGGUGGAGAUGAACCCAUAGAUGCAAAUGAAAAAUAUACAACAACAAUUGUUAAUGAUAAUAAAAUAAAAAGAAGAAUAAUUGAUUGUAAAAAUGAUAAAUUAAAAUGGGGAACAACACAAGUAAUUAUUGAUAUAGAUGAUACAAUUAGAUCAAGUGGUGGAUAUAAAUUUUUUAAUUAUGCAUUAGGUGGUGUAGAUGCACAAUAUCAUAGAGGAGAAACAUAUCCGGGUUCUUUUCAAUUCAUAUUUGAAUUAGCAAUGAAUAAAUUACCACCUGAAUGCAAACCUUUGUUAUUAUCUGUACUAACUGCUCGAAUACCCCAAGUUCCAAUAACUGAAAAUUCAUAUUUAAAUAUAAAAUUUAAUGAAGUAGCAGAAAGAAGAGGAAUUAAAAAUUGGGGUAUUGAUUGUGAUAAUAAAAUUUUAUAUUCUACAUUAAAAGAAUGGGUAUGGAAUGAAACAAGAGGAGAAAAAAAAUUUUUUAAUUUUAAACAAUUACAUAAACAUGUUAUACAUCAAAAUUCUCUUGUUCGAUAUAUAUGGAUUGGAGAUACAGGGGAUAUGGAUAAGCAAGCUGGUGAAAUGAUGAUUAAAACUUUUCCACAGAGAAUGAAAGCUGUUUUUUUACAUCAUGUAAAAGGAAAAGAUGAUGAAACAUUAUUACCUAAUGAUUAUUUUAUUAAAUCAGUUCCAAUAUUUUUUUUUAGAACAUACAUUGGAGCUGCUACAAAAGCAUAUGCAUAUAAUUUGAUAGAUAAAAAAGGGUUGACUCGGGUUCUGGUUCAAGCUGUUUUAGAUUUAGAAAAAAGUAGAACCCCUUCUAGUUCAUCUAAAUGGGAAGAUUUAAUUAAAGAUAUUUUAUUAAGUGAUGCAAUUGAAGAACUUGAUAAAUAUAAUGCAGAGACUGUUAAUAAAACAAAGAAAAUUAUAUCAUAUCGUAUGAAAGAAAUCUCCGAAAGAAAAUUGCAUUCUAACAAUUAA